AUGUAUUAUAGUAACUCAAUAAAUAAUAAUACACCAUAUAACGGAACAAAUGAUAUACAACCAGGAUAUGGUGGUCCUGGUAGUUCAGGAACUAGUGGCGGUAAUACUUUAGAGGAUUUGUACAAGCAGUCCAAUAAAUUAUUAUUUUCAAUUAGAAAUGAUUUAGAAACAUUAGAAACUGGUCAAGAUACGUCUGUAAUUAUUCAAAGUAAACUAUCAACAAACAUUAAUCAACUCUCAAGGUUAACUGAUCAAAUAGAUGGUAUGGUUUCAAAUGAACCUGUAGCAAAAAGAGAAAUUUGGAGAAUUAAAAUUAAGCAAUUAAUUGACGAAAGUAAAUCAUUAAGAAAAUCUUUAGAUACAUAUUUACAUACAAAAUAUAAAAAGCAAAUGGAAGAGGAGGAAAAAACUAAACUAUUAGGUAGAAGAAAAGCAGGUGAAACUACAGCCUUAGGUAAUCUUAUGAAAGAACAUCAACAUUUAAAUGAUAGCAAUUCAACAAUAGAUACUCUUACAGAAAUGGGUAACAGUAUUAUAUAUAAUUUAGUUGGUCAAAAUUCAAAGAUAAAGAAUGUACAUAAAAAAAUAUAUGAUAUUGCAAAUACCCUAGGUUUAUCUCGUACUAUUAUGCAAAAAAUUAAAAGAAGACAGUACCAAGACAAGGUUAUCGUUUAUUCAGGAAUGGCAAUUGUUUUAUUUAUAGUUUUUAUUUUAUGGUAUUUCUUUAGAAAAUAA